AUGGCCCUGCAAACGCCCAAGCAGCCGCGAGAAAGCGGCAUUUUGCGCUCGCCACACACGCCUGGCACGGGCAGCAGCGUUAAAUUUGGCGUGCGUGUGUACGAGGAUGGAGAAGAAAGUCUCUUGACUGCGUCGCUCAGCAGUGUCCAGUCGAGAACGGCGCUGGUGGAGGAGGCUGCAUGGAGCAAAAGCAUGGAGCUUGCCGAUAGGGACGAGCGCGCAGGCACGAUGCAUGUGUCUGAAGGCGAGUCUAUGGAAAUGAGUUUUACAGAGAGUUUUUUGAAGCGCGAGGUAGGCGACGCACUGGCUGGUUUGGAUGCAAGCACCUCGUUUUCCCGGCACGAGAGCUCGUUGCCGCCGCAAACGCCAGGGCGUAUGCAGCUGGGCGAUACGCCGGAUACAAUUCGCCCUGCAAGGAUGGUUCAUGUGGAUGAUUUGGACCAUAGUGAGGAUACUUCGUCGCCGGACGUGUCGGCACACCCAGGGCCGCUUGGUAUGCAGCGUCGAGCAUCGUACUCCUCGCCGACCGUGCGUGUGCUGCGGGAGAGGGAGGACGAGGAUGCAUUUGCGCCUGCACCUGCGCCUGCGCCUGCAGCUGUAGGUGCGUUGGAAGAGCUCAGUCGAGACGAGGCGCGCGAAGUGGCAUCGGGCAACGAGGCACAAGACAAUGUCGAUAAUGAAACGGCUCCCAACGACGCAGAUGCUGUACAAAAUGUCUUCGAGGAGUACACUCUUCCGGUACAUGCCUCCUUGCCUCAAACGCCAUCUCCCGCCUCUCACACGUCUGCACCCGCCGAUACAGUGGCGCCUGAGCGCACCGACGCUGCAACACUGCCAAAUACGCCAUCGUCAGCUUUGGAGCUGCACCGCCCAUCGCCGCCUUCUAGUAACAAAAUGUCCUCCAAGUCGCCGUACGCUGCGACUGCGUCCAAAGACUCGAGCUUUACCUCGAGCUUUUAUAGCUUUUCAACCUCGCCAGAGCUGAGCUACCUGAGCGAGAAGGAGGAGCUUGAGGAAGACGAAGCGCACCGGCUCAUCCCCUUUGAUGUGCGCGAGCUCUCCACGAAACUCAUUUCCAUUGAAAAGCUGGGCGGUGUCGACGCACACGAGUUAUUCGAGACAGUCGCCGCGCUCGACCGCACACACUCGGAGCGGACCGUCUUUUUACACCACCGACUUGCACGCUCGCACCGCCAGAAUCAGCUCUUGCGCGCAAACUUGCAAGAAGCACACGGAAAGAUCCAGCUUUUUGAGACGCAGCUACUUGACUUUGUACGAAAUCGCGAGCAGCGCGACGAUGCGACGCAUGUCCCGAUGCAGGCACAGCUGGAGUCCUUCACCACACGGCUCGAAGAACAGCUGCGCAUUACCGCGCCGACCGACGAGCUCGAAGAAGAGCGCGAGUCGCUCGCGAUGCAACGCCGCGACUUGGAAAUUCGCAUGGCUACCGCGCCCACUGACCAGACAGAUGGCGUCGCGGUGGACGAGAUGGAGCGUCGUAUCGCCGCUGCGGUUGCACAGACCAAGGAAAUGUGUAGUCGGGACGCGGAUAUUCGCGUGCACAUGGCGCGCCAAGCCUCCGAUACCGAGGCAUUGCACGCGCAGAUCAGCGCACUGCAAGCCGCGCGAGAGGCAGCAGAGAUUGACAUGGAACGAGAGCGUGCCGAGUGGCACACGCAGGACUGCGAGCGACACGAGGCGCUUUUGCAAGCUGAGGCGCGGCGCGACGAAUUGGAAGCGCACGUUGCCGAGGAGGCCGAGGCGAUCCUGCACCUUUCUGCUGCGAAACAAGAGGCAAGUGCAGAACUGCUGGCGACGGUACAUACGCUGCGUGGCCGCAUAAGUGCACUCGAGCACGAUGUCGCGCACCGCGGUCUAGAGAUUGUGAAACUAGAAAAGCAGUGCGACCGCCUCUCCAAAGAGGCGCUUAAUUUUUCCUUGGCACUCAGUGCGAAGCAGCAGGAAGUGGAUAUGCUGAAACGCGGCACGCAGCGUGCGCCCGCAUACUGGGAGCUGCUUGCACAGCGGCCCCGACGUGCAAAUCGCGCGGCGUUGGGAUCGGUAACGAACCGCACUGAGCAUGCAUCCACGCCAAACCAACCUAGCGGGAAGAAGGAGUCUGUGCACACCGCUUUGCGGCGCACGGAUAUUUCUGAGCUAUCUACCUCGACGAUCGCAAGCGAGCGCUUUUCCCGCUCGUCACGUAUAGAUGCGCAGUAUGAAGAGUAA